CCCAGCCAGUCAGUCAAUGAUGACCUGUCGUCACACGUCCACAUACCUACUCAUUCUUUUAGCCUCGACUUCUACAGUCGUAUCAGCUCCUUUCCCCCCCAUCCAUUCGUUCAAUAAAUCUCUAGUUAGGCUACGAUGCCCUCAUUUCUUUCCUUAGUCCUCACUAGCGUGAUGACCUACUCUGUCUUAGCUAGCAUCUCGUCUCCCAACUACCUUCCCUUUGAGCUUGAGAAACGCGACUGCGGCUUCAGCUACUGCGAUUGCCAGAAAGUCCAGUGUUUUCUCGACUUCUGCUUCGACGAUCACGUAGAUCCCUGGGUUCUGAUUGACAGUGCCAUGAACCAGUAUUACGGGGUAGACUGUGGUCAGUUCGAUUAUUGGAAACGCAACGAGCCCGCUGAGUAUUGUAACAACGGGCUGCGUAAGGGCAACGCUCUCUUCUACAUUAACCGCAAGUUCGGCUCGCUCGGUAAAUCAUUUACGGUUGAUUACAAGAAUACGGACGCCAAGAACCCAAACCGCGGCUCUGUGUCCGGAUCCUGCCGCCCAGUCCAGGACGUGCAGUGUACUUGCCACUCGCGUUACAAUUCUGCGAAGCAUGACUGCUCAAGAAGCUGCGAUGAUUGAGAAGUCUGGCGCCAACAAUAAGAUGAACUGUACUCCGUCAGGGCGGACAAUAUGAAGCGGUCAGGAGCGGUGGAUGAGGAGCACGGCACCAUGGUUGCAGAGUCAGAAGCUUUCAACAAGAAAAUAAGUUGUUGAGUCACUGAAAUACCCUGCCCAAGUAAGAAAAACACAGCGGAGGCGUAAAUGUCAAUGGAUGUAUUUUUGACCGUAAGGAAAGACUUGUAACCGGCUGUAGUCUUAUCAGGAGUGAGGGUAACUCAAAACGAAUGACCAAGUGCGCUCGACGGAACUGAGGGGGUAUCCUUUAUCGGUACAUACGCAACGAACUG